UUGUUAUGAUAAAUUUAAGUUUACAGUCCCAGCUGCAGUGUGUCAAUUUCUCACUCUUGUGGCUCAGUUCACCUUCAACCAAGUCCGCUGAAAAUGAGUUUCGAAAAUGGUGAGAAGAAACCCGUGGCUGUUGGACCAUGGGGUGGUCAAGAUGGAUAUCGUUGGGACGAUGGAGUGCACUCCACAGUAAGACAAUUGGUGAUAGCUUAUGGGGCAGGUAUUGACUCCCUCCAGAUUGAAUAUGAUAAGAAAGGGAGCUCAAUAUGGUCACAAAUCCAUGGUGGCAAUGGCGGCAUGAAAACAGCGGUCAAGCUUGACUACCCGCAUGAGUUUCUUACUUCAAUCCAUGGAUAUUACGGCAGUUUAGAUGGUUGGGGUCCUGUAUUUGUUCGCUCACUCACUUUUCAAAGCAAUAAGAAAACUUAUGGACCAUUUGGUGUUGAGCACGGAACUUAUUUUUCAUUCCCAAUGUCUGGGGGAAAGAUAGUUGGGUUCCAUGGCAUGAGUGGUUGGUACCUUGAUGCAAUUGGCAUAUAUUUGAAACCCCUGCAGAAACAGAAGACCUCAAAAGCUCUGGUCCAACCAAAAAGUUACCUUAACAACGAGACUGAGAAUCUUAGCUACAAGAUGAUGCAAGGAGCAGGAAAUGGUUUUGAUAUAUUUGUUGCGGUUAAACAGAAGGAUGAUUUUGGAAGCCCUCUGCCAAACAAACUUUCAGCUCAAAAUCCUCGAGAGUACAGCAAUGGAGGAACCAACAGAAAGGAUGAUUUUGGCAGCCCCCUCCCUGGUAAACUCUCAAGACAAAUUUCUCGAGAUUUCAGUGACAUGGAAAUCAACAGAAAGGAUGAUCUUGGCAGCCCUCUGCCAAGCAAACUCUCAACACAAAUAUCCCGAGAGCUCAGCGAUGGAGAAACUAACAAGAAGACUGCUGAAAGGGUGCCCUCAAAAGCUGAAGGGGUGAUUAUAUAUGGACCCUGGGGUGGUGUUGGUGGUUCAAAGUUUGACGAUGGAACCUACACUGGAAUUAGGCAAAUCCGUUUGUCACGCCACGUUGGAAUUGUAUCCAUAAGAGUUCAAUAUGAUCGUGACGGGCAGGCUAUAUGGGGAAGCAAACAUGGAGGAACUGGAGGGUUUAAAUCAGACAAGAUAAUAUUUGAUUAUCCAUAUGAAAUACUCACACGGGUGACAGGAACCUACGGGUCCUUAAUGUACAUGGGGCCUAAUAUUAUCAGGUCACUUACUUUCUACACAAACAAAGGAAAGCACGGGCCAUUUGGAGAAGAACAAGGUCCCUCAUUCACAAACAAAAUUGAUGAAGGGAAAAUCGUUGGAUUCCACGGGAGGGAAGGUAUUCUUCUUGACGCUAUUGGGGUAAAUGUGUUGGCAGGAACAGUAAAGCCUGCAAAGCAUCAUCUUUCUGAUGCAAUUAAGCAAACUGAAGCAGAUGUUGCUCAGAUAGAUAAUUCUCCAUGGUCGAAUAAACUAGUAGUAGCAAAACGAGGACAAACCGAGGAGGUUGCUUGUGGGGUGAUAAAAGAGCCAGCUCCGUGCGGACCGGGUCCUUGGGGCGGGGAUGGAGGGAAGCAAUGGGAUGAUGGAGCAUUCUCUGGGAUUAAGCAAAUAUUUAUAACUAAAGUAGAAGCUAUUUGUUCUAUACAGAUUGAAUAUGAUCGAAAUGGCCAGUCUGUUUGGUCUGUAAAACAUGGAGGCAAUGGAGGAACUGCAACACAUAGGGUGAAAUUGCAGUAUCCCCAUGAAGUGCUCAUAUGUUUAUCAGGAUAUUAUGGUCCCGUCGGCUGUGAUGAGAAGAGUCCUAAAGUUGUCAAGUCACUUACUUUUCAUACUAGUCGAGGAAAGUAUGGUCCAUUUGGUGAAGAAAUCGGAACAUAUUUUACUUCAACUACGACUGAAGGCAAGGUGGUUGGCUUCCAUGGAAGGAGUAGCGCGUAUAUGGAUGCCAUCGGUGUCCACAUGCAACACUGGCUUGGAAAUCAGAGAUCCUCGAAGCCUUCUAUGUUCAAAAUUUUCGGUUGAUCCAUAACAAAAAUGGUUUUUCAGCAUUCUCGAGCAAUAAAUCCAUAUUCGAUGUGUGAUGGGGAUUGAGUAUUGUAGUUCGAAGAUUGGCCCCAUCUCGGCCCAUCUAUUGACUCUACAUUCAGUCUUGUGUUUAUAUUCCAAAGAAUAAUCCAAACUUUUCUGGGAUUUCCCACUUGUUUGGAUCCGUGUGGCUUCUUUUUUUCCCAGAAAAAUCCAUGUAUAAAUAUCUUCGAUAUUGAAGGAAUAUUUAAUAUUUAUCACCCGAUAUUCAUCUA